CUGCCUGAAAAGAACGACGCAUGCCCACACAUACACAGGCUGCUUCAGCCCCCCGUCCACACUAAUCACAGGGACUCUGUGUGUGUGCGCGAGUGUCUGCAUGUGACGUAUGUGUUUGUGUGUGUGCUCCUGGCUGCAGCACAGCAGUGAGGAUAUGUAGCUUCCUGUGUACUGCUAGGCAGCCAAAGCUCAUUUUGCCGCAUGCCGCUUACCGCCACCAUUACGCAGAGGAAUUCCCUGCUGUCUCCGCUGCUGCUGCUCACAGAGAGUGUGAGUGUGGGUUAAAGAGAAGAGAGGAGAGGAGACAUGCAGCAAAGGGACUCUGACAGAUAGAGAAGAGAGACGGAUUUCACUUUGGAUUAUACGUGAAGAUGAGCGCUGUCUGUUUUACGAGGAAUCACUCUGUUAAUGGGAUUUAUUGCUCACCUCUGUGUUCCCAGACUGCGCACGUAUGUAAGAAGGAACACUGUAUUUGUGUGUGUGAAUGAGACAAUGUGUUAGUGAUUGUGUCGGUGCAUUUGUGUGAGUGUUUGUUCCUGAUGCGGUCAGAGCGGGCUAGCCGUGUGUGUAUCGUGGUGCUGGAGGAGGUGGAGGAGGAUGAGCCCUCCUCCUCACCCCCACCUCCUCAGCCCAAAUCAUCCCCAGACCGCAGAUCCCAUCAUGCCUCUCAAAGGAAUGCUGCUGCUCAGGAGGACAAGCCGUCUCUGUUACGAGCCAUCUUCAACCUGGAACCAGAUGAAGUCCGCUCGCUCAUAUUUAAAAAAGAGGAUGUCAAUAUUCAGGACAAUGAAAAGCGGACGCCUCUGCACGCUGCAGCCUACCUGGGAGACGCUGAGAUCAUUGAACUGCUCAUCCUCUCAGGAGCCCGAGUUAAUGCCAAAGACAACAAGUGGUUGACUCCUCUUCACCGAGCUGUCGCCUCUUGUAGUGAGGAUGCAGUGGCAGUGCUGCUGAAGCACAGUGCAGAUGUUAACGCCCGGGACAAGAACUGGCAGACGCCGCUCCACGUUGCAGCUAGCAACAAAGCAGUGCGCUGUGCAGAGGCUUUGGUCCCGCUGCUUAGCAACGUCAACGUGUCUGACCGGGCAGGGCGCACUGCCCUUCACCAUGCUGCCUUCAGUGGACAUGUAGAGAUGGUGAAGCUGCUACUGUCUAGAGGAGCCAACAUUAAUGCAUUUGACAAAAAGGACCGGAGAGCCAUCCACUGGGGGGCCUACAUGGGUCACCUGGAGGUUGUGAAAUUAUUGGUAUCCAGCGGAGCAGAGGUUGACUGUAAAGACAAGAAAGCCUACACGCCGCUACACGCAGCCGCUUCAAGUGGCAUGAGCAGUACAGUGCACUUCCUGCUGAGCCUGGGAGUCCACGUCAACGAGGCAAACACCUACGGCAACACCCCACUCCAUUUAGCCUGCUACAAUGGACAGGAUGUGGUGGUCAGUGAGCUUAUAGAUGCAGGAGCCCAUGUCAACCAGGUGAAUGAGAGGGGCUUUUCUGCUCUCCACUUUGCCUCCUCCUCACGCCAAGGGGCGCUGUGCCAGGAGCUGCUGUUGGCUCACGGAGCUCACAUCAACAUGCGGAGUAAGGAUGGUAAGACCCCCCUCCACAUGGCAGCUACCCAUGGAAGGUUCUCCUGCUCUCAGGCUCUAAUUCAAAAUGGAGCUGAGAUUGAUUGUGAGGACAAGGGCAGAAGCACUGCACUUCACAUCGCUGCUCGCUAUGGCCAUGAGCUCAUCAUCACAGCACUCAUCAAACAUGGAGCCAACACCGCCAAGAGAGGCAUUCAUGGGAUGUUCCCUCUACACCUGGCAGCUCUCAGCGGCUUCUCAGAUUGCUGCAGGAAGCUGCUGUCCUCAGGGUUUGACAUAGACACCCCUGACGACUUUGGAAGGACCUGUCUACAUGCUGCUGCAGCUGGAGGGAACCUGGAGUGUCUGAACUUGCUGUUAAACAUUGGAGCUGACUUUAACAGAAAAGACAACUUUGGCAGGACUCCACUUCACUACGCAUCAGCAAACUGUAACUAUCAGUGUGUGUUUGCCUUGGUGGGCUCCGGGGCUAGUGUCAAUGAGCGGGACCAGAGAGGCUGCAGCUCCCUGCACUAUGCUGCUGCAGCCGACACAGAGGGAAAGUGUGUGGAAUACUUGUUGAGGAAUGAUGCUGAUCCAGGAUCGAGAGACAAACAGGGUUACAGUGCAGUGCACUAUGCCUCAGCCUACGGACGCACACUCUGCCUGGAACUGAUGUCAAGUGAGACUCCUCUUGAUGUGUUAAUGGAGACAUCAGGUACAGACAUCCUGGGUGACUCAGAGAGUCAGGCCCCCGUCAGUCCACUCCACCUGGCAGCUUACCACGGACACUGUGGCGCUUUAGAGGUUCUCUUGUCGUCUCUGCUGGAGGUGGAUGUUUGCAGCCCAGAGGGCCGGACCCCCCUCAGCCUGGCCUGCUCCAGGGGACACCAGGAGUGCGUCUCUCUGCUGCUUCACCACAGCUCCUCACCCAUGACCCGUGACUACACACACAAAAAGACAGCUCUACAUGCUGCAGCUAUGAAUGGCCACCCAGAGUGCCUGCGUCUGCUCAUGAGCAACAACCAACACAUUAAUGUGGACGCACAAGACACCGAUGGACAGACACCGUUAAUGUUGGCUGUACUUAAUGGGCAUACAGAGUGUGUGUACUCGCUACUCAGUCAAGGAGCCAGUGUAGAGAAUCAGGACCGCUGGGGGAGGACUGCACUACAUCGAGGGGCUGUGACUGGCCAGGACGAGUGUGUAGAGGCCCUUCUACAGCGGGGUGCCAGUGUGUGUGUCGGAGACAUAAGGGGCCGUUCCCCUCUUCACCUGGCAUCCGCCUGUGGCCGGGUGGGUGCACUGGGUGCUCUUCUGCAAGCCACGAACACCUCACACGCUCACACACAUCUCACCGACAACCAGGGCUACACACCACUACACUGGGCCUGCUACAACGGAUAUGAUGCCUGUGUGGAGGUUUUGCUAGACCAAGAUGUUUUCAAGAAGAUGAAAGGAAACUCCUUUAGUCCGCUGCACUGUGCUGUUAUGAACGAUAACGAGGGAGUGGCGGAGAUGUUAAUCGACUCACUGGGAACAAGUGUUGUCAACGCAACUGACUCCAAGGGCAGGACCCCGCUCCACGCUGCAGCUUUUUCCGACCACGUGGAGUGUGUCUCCCUGCUGCUGAGCCACGGAGCGCAGGCAAACGUACUGGACACACACUUGCGGAGGACACCUCUUAUGAUGGCAGCUCUUAACGGACAAACCAACACUGUGGAGGUGUUGGUGAGCAGUGCUAAAGCUGACUUGACACUACAGGAUGCACAAAGGGACACAUCAUUACAUCUUGCUUGCAGCAAGGGUCAUGAGACGAGUGCCUUGCUGAUUCUGGAGAAGAUCAGUGACAGGAACGUCAUCAACUGCACCAACACUGCUCUCCAGACGCCUCUGCAUGUGGCAGCCAAGAGGGGUCUGACAGUGGUGGUCCAAGAGCUGCUGGGGAAAGGAGCUAGUGUGUUAGCAGUGGAUGAGAACGGUUACACUCCAGCUCUGGCCUGCGCUCCGAACCGUGACGUGGCAGACUGCUUGGCGCUCAUCCUCAACUCCAUGAUGCCUGCCUCCCCUAUGGUCACCAUAGCAGCUCUACCUGCACUUUCUCUUACUCAGACAGUCAUCAACAACCACCCCACUAAUAACCACGUCUCCAAAGGUGUUGCCUUUGAUACCCUGCCCCCUUUGAGGCCUGACCAUGCCUCCUACUGUAGGCCGGAGCACCCGCUGUCCUCUGUCUCUGCAGACGAUGAACUGAAUGACUCUGAUUCUGAGACAUACUGAGGAGGACAUGUGACUGCUGUUGGACACAGCGACAUACUGGCAGGUUAGCCAGCCACUCAGGAGCCUUAAUAGAUCACUGACAAGAACUUAAAGACAGAGAAGGGGGAGAAAAAUGAGCCAGUGUGUGGGUUAUUUUUAGAAAAGCUUCCUCAGAUCUAAAAAUAAUCCUUGUUGUUAGCCGGAUGCGUGUUUCCAUUAGGUGUAUACCGAUAAUUAUGUGCUAAAAUAUAGAAUAAGGAGAACACACACUACAUUUCUCUUUGACAGUGGUGUCUUUUUAGAUUUUAAGGAAUGUUUUGCUUUUUAAAUUAAGCUUGUUAUCUUAGAUGUUACUUUUUGAGGUGGUUUUAAACAUUUCCACAUUUUUUCCUUCAACAUUUAGUAGAAAUUAAGCAUCUAAAGAAAUGCUCAGAGGACUGUUUUUUAUGCAGGAUUGUCUUAAAAGGAGGGACAAUCUUAAGGGACCAGGACAUUGAACACUGUUUUGGCUAUUCAUCGUUUGUUUUUCUUCCCAUUUGAGCUAUUAUUGUAGCUUGGGAUGGCUGUAACCUCUCAUGCACAUAGGUGAUGCUGCCUCAUUGUUUUUAAACCACUUUAAUUCUAGGAAAGGCAAUUAUUUUUGAACACUACAAAUUUAUUUUGAGUGGAGGGAUCCUUAGGGAGAAUCCUUAGGAGUGGAUUCUGACAGCACGUAGAUGCAACACCCAUUUACUGUAUGAUCGGUAAGAAAUAAGAUGAUUGACAACCUGAAUGAGCGACCCAUGAAACUUUUAACUUGCAAUGCUGUAACCACUUAUGUCUGUGUACUGUACUGGAGACAGGGGAACGUUGCUGACACUGUGGAUAUGUGUGUGUGUUUGUGUGUGUGUGUAAGAGAUACGUGUGUGGGGGAGACAGAAAGAAAAAUUAAUAAUUAUUGCCUUUUUAGGAAUAACCGACUUUCAGGAAGAGGAUGAACUACUUGGUGCAAUGUUUGUAAAGAUUAAGUAAUGAAUAAAUAAAGAUAUUUGUUUUUUGA